AUGCUUAGGAUUCCACAUGAAUACUACUGGCCUGGUGACUUCAUCAUUGGUGGACUUGCCUCUCACCUCUUUGUUGCUUUGGAUAAAGAAGACUUCAAAGAAAUGCUAGCCACACAUCAACUGCUUAAUCUCUUUGUGGUGCCAAAGAACUACCAGCAUAUUCUGGCCUUGGCCUUUGCUGUCAAGGAGAUCAAUGAGAACCCCAAGAUCUUGCCUAAUAUCACAUUGGGAUUCCAUAUCUAUGACAGUUACUUCAAUCAAAGGAUGACCUACAGGGCUGCUCUGAACCUUCCCUCUACACUUAUGCCCAACUACAAGUGUGACACCCAGAAACAUCUGAUGGCAGUUAUUGGGGGGCUUGACUUUGAUACCUCGGUCUACUUGGCAGACAUACUGGGCAUCUACAAGAUCCCCCAGCUCACUUAUGGUUCCUUUGCUCUAGAGUAUACCGAUGAAAGCCAAUCCACUCCCUUUUACCGGAUGGUGCCAAACGAAGCCCAUCAGUACACUGGGAUUGUUGAGUUACUUUUGCACUUUGGUUGGACGUGGGUUGGGUUGCUCGCUGGAGAUAAUGACAGCGGAGAGAGAUUUGUUCAGACCCUGAAACCUCUGCUGUCCCAGAAAGGCAUUUGCUUGGCCUUCUCAGAGAAAACCCUGAAAACCACAUAUUUGACUGAGUAUUAUGCCAUGUAUUCCCAAUGGAUCCAAAUCUAUCAUGUUGUUAUGGAAAGUAACGCCAAAGUUGUUGUUUUCUAUGGAGAAACAAAGUCCAUGCUUGGCUUGAGAGCAAUAGUAGCUCUUGGUGAAUUGGAAAAUGUGACCAAGACAUCUGUGGGCAAGGUAUGGAUUCUGACGGCACAGCUGGAGUUCACAGCAUUGGCCUAUCAAAUGAGUUGGGAUAUGCAAGCCUUCCAGGGUUCCCUCUCCUUUGCAGUUCAUUCAAAUGUGGUACAAGGAUUCAAAGCCUUUCUUCAGGUACAAAAUCCUUUGGAGGCAAAUGGAAAUGGCUUUGUCAAGCAGUUCUGGGCACAAGUCUUUCUCUGUUUAUUUCCAAACUCCAAUACGGAGGAGCAGACCAGUGACACCUGCACUGGAGAGGAGAAGCUGGAAGAUCUCCCUUCAUCUGCUUUUGAGAUGAUCAUAGGUGGCCACAGCUACAGUCUCUAUAAUGCUGUCUAUGCCAUAGCACAUGCCCUACAUGCCAUGUUCUUGUCGAGGACCAAACACAGGGCAGCGGUGGAAGGAGGGAUGCAGGAGCUUCUAAUGCUACAGCCUUGGCAGAUCCAUCCCUUCCUUAGGAGUGUCUCCUUUAACAACUCUGCUGGAGAAACGGUAUCUUUUGGUGAGAACAGGGAAGUACAAGCUGGCUUUGAUAUUACUAACAUGGUCACUUUUCCAAAUAACUCCUUCAUGAGAGUCAAGGUUGGAAGGAUGGAUUUGGAGGCUGCCCCAGGUCAGGAAUUCUCCAUUGAUGACAACAGAAUGGUUCCACCCCUUUCUGUGUGCAAUCCAAGUUGUCCUCCUGGUUCCAGCAAGGAGAAGAAGGAAGGGGAGCCAUUCUGCUGCUAUAAUUGUGCUCCUUGUCCUCAAGGCAAGAUUUCAUCCCAAAAGGACAUGGAUGAAUGUGCUGCGUGCCGUGAAGAUCACUAUUCAAAUAGGGAUAAAUCACAAUGCAUUCCAAAGACAAUCAACUUCCUGUCUUUUAAAGCGCCUCUGGGGAUAAGCUUAGCAUGUUUUUCUCUUUUUCUCUCUUUCCUCACAUUGGUGGUCCAAGCCAUCUUCAUUAAACAUCAGGACACACCCAUUGUCAGAGCAAACAAUCGAGAACUCACCUACACUCUCCUCACAUCCCUCCUGCUCUGCUUUCUCUGCCCACUGAUCUUCCUCAGCCCUCCAGAAAGAGUGAGCUGUCUGCUCCGACAAAUGGCCUUUGGACUUGUUUUCACAGUGACCGUUUCUUGUGUGCUGGCCAAAACUAUCACAGUGGUUCUAGCCUUUGUGGCCACCAAACCAGGAUCCAGAAUGAGGAAGUGGGUGGGGAAAAGACUGGCAAGCUCCAUUGUGAUUUCUUGUUCCCUUAUCCAAGUGGGCAUUUGCACUGUGUGGUUAGGAACCUCUCCCCCAUUCCCUGAUUCCGACAUGCACUCUGUGAUGAGAGAAAUCAUUCUAGGGUGUAACGAAGGAUCAGUUGCCCUGUUUUACUGUGUCCUGGGCUACAUGGGCUUUUUGGCCAUUAUCAGCUUUGUUGUGGCCUUUUUUGCCAGGAAACUGCCUGACAGCUUUAAUGAGGCCAAAUUCAUCACUUUCAGCAUGUUGUUGUUUUGUAGUGUUUGGAUCUCCUUUGUUCCGGUCUACCUGAGCACCAAGGGGAAAUACAUGGUGGCUGUGGAGAUCUUCUCCAUCUUGGCCUCCAGUGCUGGCUUACUGGGCUCCAUCUUUGUUCCUAAAUGCUACAUCAUUUUGUUGAGACCUGAUCUGAACAGCAAGGAGUUCUUAAUAAAGAGGAAAUAA